GAGUUUGUUGUGGGUGGGACGCUGAUCACCGUGGGAUCAAAGAUGGCGACACCCGGGAGUGAAUGUGAUCAUCCUUCACCAAGCACCAAAAGUGUGGCUGAGACUCCGCAGAAAGUGCGGCAACUGCUGUCCGACAGCAUCGCAGAGACUGAUCAGUCAACUUCCAUCCUUGAAUCACCAGAUGACAGUGAUUUACCGGGAUUGCCAGUUCCUUGUGAUUCGACUAACAAAGAAGCUUUUUUCUCACGGGUUGAAACUUUCACAUCAUUCAAAUGGGCUGGCAUGGCGUUUGAGCUGUCCCCUUUGCACUGUGCUAAGUAUGGCUGGACUAAUGUUGAGUGUGAUACGUUGAAGUGUUCCAGCUGCCAAGCCUUCCUGUGUGCAACCCUGCACCCUUUAUUGGACAUCAAUAAAUAUAAAGAAAGGAUAACUGUGCUGCAGGAUAGUCUGAAAACGGCACAUGAGAAGUUCUGCUUCUGGCCUGACAGUCCCUGUCCAGAUCAUUUCUGGGCUUUACCUCUAAAUGAACCGGCGGCUCUACUUCACGGGAUGGCGGAGAGGUUCAAGAGUCUGUGCUUGCUGGAUAUCCAGUUACCAGUCCUCAAGCAGGAUGACCUCAAAGAUAUGACCAUCAUGGAAGAAACCAUCAGUGUCCUGUUGCAGUUGGUAGAAGAUGAUUUGAAGUGUAACACUACAGGUGACAGUUCUGUGCUGAAGAGCAGUGGAGAUGUCCUCUCAGUCCAUGUUUCAGCCUGUAUCCUUGCUCUGUCUGGCUGGACUGCUGGACCGUCCUCCGAUUUACAUCAACUGCCUGUUAUCACCUGCUCCUACUGCAUGAGGAGAGUGGGCCUGUGGAGCUUUCAGCAGAUCGAUGCCGUUUCCUCGGCUACUGAUCCUGACACCCCUGUGUGUGGUACCUCUCCACGGGAGAGCAAGUCAGAAUUAUCAACGCCAACUCCCCCUGCCACAUCUCCCCGCAGGAUGGUCACACGGAGUCAGGACGCUGCCCAGAUACAGGGCACUGAACUGCAUGAAACCAGUCCUUUGCCUAUCGGGGCACGGACUCGGAGUCGAGACGCCCACAGCCCAACCCUAGUUGAUCGAGGUGAACCAGAAAGCAUCAGUCCACACCAGCGGAACAAGCGGCCUGUGACGCGAAGCAUGGGGCAGGGCGAUGUGCCUUCCAGCCCUCAGAGGAGGCCCAAGCGUCCGCGACUGUCUUCAUCCACCAGCUCUGAUAGCAGCCGGGCAUACUUUAACCCUGUCUCCCAGCACAGGGAUUGGUGUCCCUGGAUUAGAAGAGGACUAAAUCCUGAAGAUAAGCUACACAGCCCACAGCCUGAGGAACAGGGCCUGACCCUUGGGUCACCUGAAAAGACAGAGGCAGGGUGGAAGGCAGUACUUGACGUCCUGUUAUUGUUGAAAGGACCGUCCAGCCCAGAUGAGGGCUUGGACAGUUUUUCUCUUUCAGAAAAAUCGAACAAGGUGUUUCGGAUAUUCCGACAGUGGCAAGUCCCACGUUCGCUAUAGCUGGUGUCAUCCGUUAAAGAUACUGGAAGUGCAGCGUCCUGAACAGAAAAAGCAAGAAAGAAAUGUUUAACCUUUGCCUGGUUUUGUCUCCUUCCAUUUCCUAUGGAUUGGGUUGAUGGCACUUUUGAAUGCUUACAGCCAGGACAGGCUUGAAAUAUCUUUGUACCAACCAAAAGAUAUGUGAACUCCCGGUUCAUAAGAUCCCACAAAGAUCUUUUCAAAUAAAACAGCAAAACCUGCUAAACAGAAGAGGGAAUGGUCCAUGUGUAUCAUGUCCUUUGCUCAGUUAAAGGUUGCCAUCUUUGCUGAUUCAUGUCUCUGAUUCAUUUUUUGCUAUGUUUUGCAUAAAUUAAAAUGCCACAACAGU